GUCUCAGUGUUGCAGACAAAGCUUUCUAGGAGCACUGUCCUAAAAAGGAGUUGUCAUAUUUAAGGGCAUUUUUUAUUACAGCAGACACAGAGAUGUCAGUGAGUGCAGCACAACCCCUGUGACACAGAUGGCAGCUCUGUCAGGGAGAGGGAGGCACAGCCAGCAUGGGGAUAGCAGUGUGGGGAUGCAAGAGGGAAAUGUAGUCAGUGAGAGCUGAUAAGGGGAUAGUGACUGCACCAGACAAAGAUGGGAAUUAAUGUAGAUGGAGGAGAAAGAAGCCUGCGGAAGAGGAGGGAUGCUUGUGGCCAAAUGUGUAGUCAGUGCUUGUCUAGCUUUGUGUGUGGGAGGAAUGGGAGGGAGUUGACUGCCUUCAGGACCUAGGGCUGCAACUUCAGGAUAAGAUGCCUCAACUGAUUCAGCUGAAUCCCGUCCCCAUGGAAGUGAAAAGGACUGUCCUGCAGAGCCAGGUAGUUGCAGGGAGAUGUGUGGGGGGAAGGAAGGAGCUCCCCAGCAGCACAGGGGCCUUCUGCUGCUAGGGGUGCUGGGGGCUCACAGCUGCAUUGCACACUCAGGGCAUUGCAGAGGGGACUUUUUAAGAAGCAGGACCCAAAAUGGGACCUUCUGCCCUGUGUUCAUUUUCCUGCCCUUAGGGCAGGGAUGACUGGCAAAAUGGGAGAGGAGCUGUCUAUGUUGACACAUCACUGAGACUGCUGUACUGCAGCUUUGGAGUUGAGUAGGAUUGUGAGCAGUAUCCUCAUGUUCCAUCAGCCUUUCCUCACUCAGUGGACAGAACGAGCGUCAGCUUUGUUGAUCCCAUUCAGGCUUUCUGAUUUGUCUGUUUAUACCUGCAAAGAGAAGCAUGCACACAGAUACUGCCCUGCAAACAGGCAGUUUCCUGACAGGCAAAGAUGGGUGCACUGACUUUUGGGUGGUGAGUGUGAGUGCAGAAAGGAAAAGAAGGAAAAGACAUGAGACAUGGAAAUGGCAGGGAGGGAAGACAAUCUCUAGGCAGCUGGGAUGUGAUCAGGCAAUGAGAGGAAAGGAAAAACAGAAAUGUUGUCUGCAGAGGCAACUCAAGAGACAACCACAUAGCAUCCCUUCCAUGCAAGCCCCCUGCAUCCUCUCCCACCCAGAAAUACCUCUGCCUUCAUGGCAGUGGUGUCCAAGCAUGAACUCCCUACUCUGCAGCCAGAGCUCCAGCAGAGCAGGGCUGCAUCUCUCCAGGCAUGAGCUCCUUUCCUUCUGCAGUACAUGGGGCUAGGAGCAGCUGCCUGGGGCUGUGGACAGCAAAGUCUGUGAGGCUAGGGAAUGAGCUGACAUUCUUUUAAUGAGAUGCCAUCAUUAGGACACUUGGCUGUCUCUCUAAGACAGAUGUCUUUUCAAGCUGCGAGCUGCCCUGCAGGAUGCAAAUCUUUCCCAUAGCAUCUCUGUGUUACCUGAAAGCCCAGGGAGAUGAAGUGGGGAGAUGCCAAGAGAGAUGUCACAUUCUAAAAGUAAAUCCAAUUUUUGCCUCUUUGCAAUUACCCAUGGGUGGGUCAGGAUUGCUUUCUCAAGAGCCCACGGGCAAAAGACUCUCCUCUUCCUUACAUAUUCCAAUUCAUGAAAAUGAUCUCAAAUCAUGGAUCUGAACAAUCACUUCCUUCAGAGAAAGAAAAUGGAUUAUAUGACAGGAGGAAGGUCACCAAGGAAUGGUGCAGGGUUUUGCCAAGAGAAGUCUCACCUAACUUGCCUUUUGUUUCUCCUUUGAUGAUAACCCGUGUCCAGGAGCAGCAGAUGCCCAACAGCAGCUCCAUCAGCGAGUUCCUCCUCCUGGCGCUGGCAGACACGCGGCAGCUGCAGCUCCUGCACUUCUGGCUCUUGCUGGGCAUCUACCUGGCCGCCCUCCUGGGCAACGGCCUCAUCAGCACAGCAGUAGCCUGUGACCACCGCCUGCACACCCCCAUGUACUUCUUCCUCCUCAACCUCGCCCUCCUCGACCUGGGCUGCAUCUCCACCACUGUCCCCAAAGCCAUGGCCAAUGUCCUCUGGGACACCAGGGCCAUCUCCUACCCUGCAUGUGCUGCCCAGGUCUUUCUGUUUUCAUUCUUAUUUUCAGCCGAAUUCUACCUUCUCACUGUCAUGUCCUAUGACCGCUAUGUUGCCAUCUGCAAGCCUCUGCAUUACAGGACCCUCAUGGGCAGCACAGCUUGUGCCAGCAUGGCAGCAGCUGCCUGGGGCACUGGGCUUCUCAAUUCUCUGCUGCACACUGCCAAUACAUUUUCACUGCCACUGUGCCGAGGCAACGCUGUGGACCAGUUCUUCUGUGAAAUUCCUCACAUUCUCAAGCUCUCUUGUUCAUACCCUUACCUCAGGAAUCUCAGUCUUAUGACAUUCAGUGCAUUUUUGUUUUUAGGGUGUUUUGUUUUCAUUCUGCUUUCUUACGUGCAGAUCUUCAGGGCUGUGCUGAGGGUGCCCUCUGUGCAGGGACGGCACAAAGCCUUUUCCACGUGCCUCCCUCACCUGGCCGUGGUGUCUCUCUUCAUCAGCACUGGCUUCUUUACCUACCUGAAGCCCCAGUCCAUCUCCUCCCCAGCAAUGGAUGUGGCGGUGGCAAUUCUGUACUCAGUGGUGCCUCCAGCAGUGAACCCCCUCAUCUACAGUGUGAGGAACCAGGCACUGAAGGAUGCCAUUUGGAAACUGUUACUGUGGAUGUUUCCUGGUAAUCAUGAUGAUUCCAUCUCUCUCCCCAGGUGACUUCUAAUGUAUCCUAGUCUAAGCUUGUGCUUUGUUGUUUUCCAUUAGUAUGUUUU